CAUUGUACUCCUCCUACUCGUACCUACUUACCUAGGAACCUACCGUCGCACGUGCUACCUCUUACUUGAUCUUGAUCCUCCAGCUCUGAUAGCAAUUGGAAUGACGAUAUCGAAAUUCCCGGGUUUAUGUGGAAAUUCCAAAAACGCCUCAAUCAUGAGAAACCUGGUUUAUUUGAUUGAUUUUCAAAGAGAAGGAGAAGGAGAAGGAGAAGGAGAAGGAGAAGGAGAAGAAGAGACAGAAAAAGUCCCUACCUGCCUCGAGCCUGCCCUGCCCUGCCUCCUGCCUACCUACCUACCUACCUACCUACCUAGUAAUAAUUUAGUUUAAAACUAGCUUUAUGUAUGUGAGGACAACAAGACAAUUCCAUUCAAAUCAAUUAUUACAAACUUAUAUUAUCUUUAUGUUCAAUGUUCAUCAAAUUUACAUAAACUUUUGAUUUUUCUUCCCAAGAGAACGAAAGCAUAACUCGUUUUUUAUCGUCGUCGUGAUAUUUAUUGCUACAUACCCUCUUACUCGAAUCUCGAAAACUUUCUUUGCAUUGAUAUCAAUUUCUCUAAUCCACCACACAACACUAAAAGAAAGAUUACAUCAACGGCCAACCACCUCUAACUAAACCCUGGUCAAAAUUAUUUAAAUUCCGGAAGCUCCUCCAAUUGUCAAAGAACUGUCUACAGCGCAGCACAGCACAGCACAUCACAGCACCUACAAUUUAAACACAAAACCGCGAAAGCUUAUAAUCGACUUGUCUCAAUCCCCAUUUCUGUCAGUCGAGUCUAUUCUGCAGAUUGAAAGCUAAAAUUUCAAAAUGUCUUCUCCAUCAUCUGGCGGAAGUGUAGGAAAGAGAAAGCGUACUGCUACUGCUUCAUCUUCCAAGAAAUCCUCAACACUCGAUCAAUUACAAAAUUCAUCAAGAGAUGCAUCUGGUGAAGAUGGCGAAUCCACAGCUCCAGAAACCAGAGAAACACGUAGCUCAAGUCACAAGAAGACUAUCUCCAUGGACUCUCAAAACCCACCCGCCAAACGUCUUCGCUCAUCUACGCACGAGAAAGUAGCAGUUAAUGGAUCCGACAAUGCGCGAGAUCCGGGUGAACCAUCGGACACAACUGAAGGUAGCACAGACAUUGCGAACAGGGUUGGAAAGAAAGGAAGAAAAAGUAUUUCCAAAGGAGAUGAAGAAGUGCCAGAGCAAGAGGGAGAGAAAGAAGAAACCGCACAAUCAAUGGCCCCACCACCAAUUGGAAAAUUGACAGAUCCAGUUGGAUACAAAACCAAUCCACCCCCAGCUGACAGACCAGUUCGUGUCUAUGCGGAUGGUGUGUUUGAUUUAUUUCAUCUUGGACAUAUGCGACAGCUUGAACAAGCUAAAAAAGCAUUCCCAGACGUUUAUUUGUUAGUCGGAGUUACAGGAGAUGCGGAAACACACAAGAGAAAAGGACUUACAGUUCUAUCUGGGCAAGAACGAGCUGAGACUGUGAGACACUGCAAAUGGGUGGAUGAGGUUGUGGAGAACUGCCCAUGGAUCGUUACUCCAGAAUUUCUAGCAGAGAAAAGGAUUGAUUACGUUGCGCAUGACGAUCUUCCAUAUGGAGCUGAUGAGGGAGAUGAUAUUUACAAACCCAUCAAGGAACAAGGAAAAUUCUUAGUUACGCAGAGAACUGAGGGUGUCAGCACGACUGGUAUCAUUACAAAGAUUGUUCGGGAUUAUGAGAAAUAUAUCGCGCGUCAAUUCAAGCGAGGUACAACAAGACAGGAGCUUAAUGUAUCAUGGCUCAAAAAGAACGAACUCGAUCUAAAACGUCAUGUUGCAGAGAUGAGAGAAGCUAUCCGAACGAAUUGGAGUACUACUGGACAAGAAUUGGGCAAAGAAUUGAAACAAUUCUGGCAAUCCAGUCGUCCCGGUAGUCCCGCACGCAUGCACAGUUUCGAAGCAAAUAGUACCGGAUCCCUCACAAGCCCAUCCGCUCUACAACAUCUCACACGCCGCCUGGAAAUUCCAAGAAAUGAUAGUCCAGGUCCAGGUAGUGAUUUUGCAACAGGAUAUAGUUUAGGUCUCAUUGGGGGUGUACGAUCAUGGAUGACUCGAAGUCGUCAAACCAAUCGUGAUAGUCUACAAGGAAGUGAAAGCAGUGAAGAGGAAAGUGAUGAGAGACUUUCACCACGUGGUAGAAGCGAAAAGGAAAAUUCCAAAUCUGAUGAAAAUGAAGUUGAUGAAGAACAAGUCGAUGCACAAAUUGAUGCGGCUAUGGCGGAAAAUGCUAAGAAGUCUGGUCAAUAAAUAUGGAUUGGCUUUUGGGAUGACGCAGGGUAUACAGGACUUUAAUUGAAAAGUCUUUCAUUUUGUUUUGUGUGUUCGAUUUUCUACCUUGUAGUAUAUCCUCUGUUGAGUUGUUGUGCUACAUACAUAGGUAUUCGGCAAGUUGUGUGGAAUAGUCGGGAAGCGAUUCAAGUAUUGAAGUCCGAGCAAAUACUAGAGGUCGUGGUGAUAUCAUUGUCGGAGCUUAGGGCGAGCUUUUUCAAGCAGAAUGAAUGGCACGGCUGUUGGUGUGUUGGGGCGAAUAGUCUGAAAUGCAUACCUAGGUAUGAUGUCCGGGAAGCGCGAGGGAGAUUGUUAUAUGUCUACCACCUAGGUAUGUUCGGCCAGAAGAAGUAUGGUCCGAAGCUUAGUCUUUGUGUUUGCUUUUACUCACUUUGUAUUUUUAUCAUUAUGUUGUAGAGUUAAUGGAAAAGGAAAUGGUUUAAUGGAGAAUGAUGGUGGAAUUGCAAUGGUUUGGACUUUUGGAUAGACAAAAACUCAAGAUGAUAACGUUGAUUUGCAAGCUAGACUGAGGUUUUGUUUUUCGUAUGAAUUGUUUCUGUGGAUUUAAAUGAGUAUAUCUAAUAUCUAAUUCUUACAAUCU